GAAUGGCUAAAAUCUAUUUAUUUAUAUUCUAUAUAACAAACCUUGUAUUUAGUUAUUAGUAUAGGAGUCUUUUAUUGGCAUUUUCGGAGUAUAAUGUUUGUUUUAUCUGAAUUCAAAGACGUUGUCAGAAUAACUUCCGAUUUAUUCCAUUUGCCUUUCAAAGAUGCUAUAAUCGAUGAAUUAAAUUCUAAAUUAGCUAAUAAAGUUGUGUUAAAUGUUGGACUUUGUAUAGCACUUUACGACAUUAUUGAAAUUAAAGACUCCGUCAUAUUACCUGGGGAUGGAUCUUCUUACACCGAAGUCAGAUUUAGAUAUAUAGUAUUUCGUCCAUUUAUUGAUGAGCUUAUAAUAGGAAAAAUUAAGAGCUGCAGUAGUGAUGGUGUAAUAGUAACUGUAGGAUUUUUUGAUGAUAUAAUAAUACAACCGAAAGAUUUGCAACAUAAGUCUAGAUUUGAUGAAAUUGAGCAGGCUUGGAUAUGGGAGUAUGAUUUAGGAGACGGAACUACACAUGAUCUGUACAUGGAUAUUGGUGAAAAGAUAAGAUUUAGAGUUACAUCUGAGAUUUUUCAAGAGACUUCUCCGGAUAUAGGUCCACCUACUGGACAACCUUCUACCAGUACUAAUGCUGAUGAUGCUUUGAGAGUCGCAUACAAAAUAACUGCAACUAUUUGUGAACCUGGUCUAGGCCUCCUUUCUUGGUGGAAUCAGAAAUAAUGACAAAUAGAAU